UGGAAAGACAGAUAGAGGGGAGUAAGAGAGAGAGGUGAUAGUGAUGAGACGAGUCGUAGAAGCUGGAUGAUGUGCAUGCAACCCUGCAUCCUUUAAGACCCCUAAGCUGUCCACAUGAGAGUGCUGGGCGUCAGCGUCCAAUCACAUGCUUCACAUUAUUACAGGCCCCACAUAUUAUCUUUGAUCAGGAGUACUCGGAGUACAAAGAUAGCAGAUAACAGAACAAGGAAACAGUUAAAGACCCGACCAUGAUCAGCCCUGUGACUUUUGAAAACUAGCGUUAGCAAUCCACCGCUAAAGUGAGAGGUAUUUUAAAUCCAGUUCUACAGAAAGUUAACAUACCAAAGUGAUAAAUCAAAGCAUCUGAAGAAAAGACCUCAUGACCUCAACUAUGUGCAACAAAAACAAAAUCUUUCAGACAUCUAAACAAACAAGAAAAACAGGGAAACUAUAAAUUAAUUUUCAGUUCCUCUAUUCUCUCAUAUCUCCAUCUCAUGAGGUGACGCCCCGUGUUACCCGACCUGACGAUGACACGAUGGACAUGCUGCUGCCAAAAACCAACACGGGGUAUAAAACGACCGAUUCAGUCUUUUAUGAAAUGAGUGGUUUCCUGUUCUGCCUGUCGUCACGUCAGCAAAGAUGGCAUCAAGUGUUCAAAUGUUUGUCCUCCUGAGUCUGACGAGCGGACUGUUCAUCGCAGGAGCUAUGUCAGAAGAGACAGUUCCCGCCUGUCCUCCUGGUUGGACUCAGUUUGGCUCCCGCUGUUUCAUUUUCCACCGCUCGACAAAGCGGUGGGUCGAUGCUGAGAGCCACUGCAUCAAGAUCGGAGGGAACCUGGCCUCAAUCCACAGCUCUGAGGAAAAUUAUUUCCUCAACAAUCUGAUUGCAAGAGUGACCAACAAUGCACAUUUGCAUACCUGGAUCGGAGGCUACGACGCAGUACAGGUGAGAAACUCUACUGUUGACAGAAAAACAGAAAAAUUAGCACAGAUCUGAUAGGUUUCUAUUCUAGUCAAUGUGUUAACUUCCACUGGA